AUGAAACGAUUAGCACAUGACGCCUGUGAACUGCAGGGCAUGUUGCAUGAAGAUCAGGUCUCUGUGUGCAUCAGUGCUGCUGAGUUUGGGGGAAACCCAGAGUUGUGGGGAGAAGACCAGGUUUCUCCAGAGCUCAUGGCCAUUUCACCUGAAUCAGUGAAAUCUACAGAAGCCAUGAAGCUUUGUCCUCAUAGGGAAUUCCUAAGAAUGAGUGAGAAAAGGGCAGGAGAAAUCUACCCAAUAAAGGAGAAAAUGGGCCGCUCACGUCUGGCUCUCAUCAUAUGUGAUACAGAGUUUGACCAGCUUGUUCAAAGGGAUGGGGCAGAGCACAUUAAAGGGAUGUGGGGGCUGCUUGAGAGCCUUGACUACACAGUGAAAGUGAAAGGGCACCUCACAGCCAAGGCUAUGGAGGAUGUGCUGCAGGAGUUCGCCGGCCACCCUGAGCACCAGGGCGGGCACUUGUUGGUGCUCUUGGUGUUCACGUUCUUGGUAUUCAUGUCUCAUGGUUCCCUGGAAGGAAUCUGUGGGACCAAGCAUGGUGAGGAAAACCCGGACAUGCUACCUUACGACACCAUCUUCCAGAUAUUCAACAUCCGCAACUGUUCUCUUCUGAAGGAUAAACCCAAGGUCAUCAUCAUCCAGACCUGCAGAGGUGAAAAGCCAGGGUCAGUGUUGGUCAGUGAUUCUUCAGGAGCCUCUGUAGACAGCUAUUCACCUGCAAACCUGAAGUAUGAUGCUGUUCACAGAACCCAUGUGGAGAAGGACUUCAUCUCUUUUUACUCAUCGACUCCAUAUACUGUAUCCUGGAGAGACCCCAGGAAAAUUUCUUUAUUCAUCACAGAACUCAUCACAUGCUUCCAAAAUUAUGCUUGCCGCUAUCAUCUACUGGAAAUAUUUCAGAAGGUACAAAAAUCAUUUGAAAAAUGA